AAAUCGUUCGUCGCAUCAGCAGCAGCAACAGCUAUAACAACAACAACAAUAACAACAGCAGCACCAACCGAAGUAAAGUGAAACGCCAAGGUGCAAGCACAAAUUUGUUGCAGCGCAAAGAGCCGAAGAACUAAAUAAGUUGCAAUGUGAAGAGCGCUCGUGGGACAAGUGAAAACUGCGCGGUAGCCCAAGGAAAAGUAAAAACGUGAAGAGCGAAAACUCGCUGAGCGCUGUCAGAAAAGUUGUCAAGGAGCCCAGGCAGUGGCAGUAGCUAGAAGCAGCUGCUGUGACGAUUGACAACACAAAAACAAAAGCAACCACGGCGAGAGUUUGACAAGUGGCACAAGUGGCAGCAGCGCCCAAAAGUACGCAGCUAUAUUUUUUUCCAGCUCACAACGAUUUCUUUUUUUUCGGUGUGUCGUUGCCCCAAAAGCCAAGAAGCGAAUUUGGACCACCCACGCAGCCACACAGUCGAUGGGCGCGUAGCUUUUGUAUGCGGCUCGCCUGCCGUGGCAACAACAGCGUGAACACGAACAGCAAUAGCAACAAUAGCAGCAUUACAGGCACUAUGUGCUGCCCAAAUAGCGCAACGGAAUAGAGCAUCGGCAAGGACAUAGCCAAACACUCGAGCAAGGGAAAGAAGGCAAAAAAUAAAGGAGCAGCUGGCAUAGUGCAGCACAUGUGUUUUUGUGAUGCGACAAGGACACUUCAAGUGCCGCCAACACACUUAAGCACAGUCCAAGCAGCAGCAGCAGCAGCAGCCGGAGCAGCAUCAACAGCCACAUCAGCAGCAGCAGCAGCAGCAACGUCUCUAGCAUUAGCUUAAAACAGGCGACAGACAGUCUUCAAUCGCAGCAUGCGCAAACAUAAAGUGCCGCCCGGCGGCCACCCAAUCAGUUCUAAUUCCAAUUCCAGUCCCAGUUCCGUGACAAGGACAAUGCCAACAGUGCACAACGACACCAACGCAGCAAGCACAACAACAACAGCCACAACCACAUCAACAGCAGCUGCUGCAGCCGUCGAUAUGGAGCAGCAGCGCAUGUUGCUUGGCCAUGCGGCCGCUGACAGCGCCUCGUCAACAGCAGCAACUGCUGCUGCAACAAGCACAACUAGUCGCCUUGCAACACCAACGGCCACCUGUCAGCAGCGUUCUGCAGCGGCGGCAGCAGCAGUAACAGCCCGAGCAGCCAACAGCAAGGAACGGCCGCGAUACACAGUCCAGCUCAUGUCCUUGCUGCACAUCGCCUGCUAUGUGCUUUGCCUGUGUGCAUUCAGCUUUGCGCUCUAUGCGAAUGUGCGGCAGACGCGCCUCGAGCAGCGACUGCAGCGCCUGCAGCAGCUGGACGCACGCAUCGUUGAGCUGGAGCUGCGCCUGGAGCAGCAGCAACUGUUGCACUGGCCCGCCGACCAGCCCCAGAUCAUAUCCAGCCCAAUCAGCAGCAGCACCAACAGCAACAGCAACAGCGAGAACGGCACAUCCUCGCACUUGGUGUUACAUGUGCGCCGCGAGCUACAUCGUCUGCGUCGCGAUGUCUCCCACCUGCAGCUGACGCGACGUCAGCAACGCCGGCAAGCGGCCGAAGCGGCUGCAGCAGCCGCAGCAGCCAGCCUCGGAGGCAGCCCAGCAGCGAAUGGCGAGUGUCAGUGCCAACCAGGUCCACCCGGUCCACCUGGACCGCCCGGCAAGCGAGGGAAGCGCGGCAAGAAGGGCGAUCCCGGCGACAAAGGCGAGGCGGGUCUCAAUGGCAUCAGCGGCGAGAAGGGCGCAUCUGGCAAGCCCGGCGACAAGGGCCAAAAGGGCGACACUGGCCAUCCGGGCGUGGAUGUCUUCCAAACGGUGAAGGGCCUCAAGAGAUCGGUGACAACGCUGCAUGGCGGCACCCUGGGCUAUGCGGAAAUUGUAGCUGUUAAGGACUUGCAAGAAGCGGGCGUUAACGUAUCCGCUUCGACGGUCAUACAGCUGAAGGGCGAGCCGGGCGAGCCUGGUCCGCCGGGACCCCCGGGCGAACCCGGCACUUCGGGCGUGCCGGGUGAGCGUGGACCACCAGGCGAAACUGGACCGCAGGGCUUGCAGGGCGAGGCCGGACAGCCAGGCCCGAUUGGACCGCCCGGUGUGCCCGGAGCACCUGGCACAAAGGGUGACAAAGGCGAUCGCGGCGAUCGCGGACUAACCACAACCAUCAAGGGUGACGAGUUCCCAACGGGCAUCAUCGAGGGUCCACCGGGACCGCCUGGACCACCUGGCCCGCCCGGAGAGCGAGGUGAGCCCGGCGAGGUGGGACCCAUUGGACCGGCCGGACCGCCGGGCGAGAAAGGACCACGCGGCAAGCGGGGCAAGCGGCUAUUUGGACCCGGCGGCGCCAAGCUGGAGGAUGACUAUGACGAUCCGCCCGUGACACUGUUGCGCGGUCCACCCGGACCACCGGGCGCCGCGGGCAAGGACGGGCGUGAUGGACGUGACGGCAGCAAGGGCGAUGCAGGCGAGCCGGGAGAGCCGGGCUCCCUGGGUCCACGUGGUCUGGAUGGCCUACCGGGUGAGCCAGGUAUUGAAGGCCCACCUGGCCUGCCUGGCUACCAGGGACCGCCCGGUGAAAAGGGCGAUCGUGGCGAUAUUGGGCCACCUGGUCUAAUGGGCCCUCCGGGCUUACCAGGACCACCAGGCUAUCCCGGCGUCAAGGGCGACAAGGGCGACCGCGGCGAUUCGUACCGCAAAAUGCGACGCAGGCAGGACGAUGGCAUGGCCGAUGCCCCACACAUGCCUGCAAUUGAAUAUCUUUACGGACCACCUGGUCCACCCGGUCCCAUGGGCCCGCCCGGACACACUGGAGCACAGGGCGAUCGUGGCUUGGACGGCCGCAAGGGUGAUCCUGGCGAGAAGGGACACAAGGGCGAUCAAGGACCCAUGGGCUUACCCGGUCCAAUGGGCAUGCGUGGCGAAUCGGGACCCUCCGGUCCGGCGGGCAAGGCUGGCAUUCCGGGUCCGCCUGGCUUGGAUGGCAUGAAGGGCGCACAGGGCGAGACGGGACACAAGGGCGAGCGCGGAGAUCCAGGGUUGCCGGGCACCGACGGUAUACCCGGGCAGGAGGGUCCGCGUGGCGAGCAGGGCUCACGCGGCGAUGCUGGGCCGCCGGGUAAGCGCGGACGUAAAGGAGAUCGCGGCGACAAGGGCGAACAGGGCGUGCCCGGGCUGGAUGCGCCCUGUCCGCUGGGCGUGGACGGACUGCCGUUGCCUGGCUGCGGCUGGCGUCCGCCAAAGGAGCCUAUCGUCUCAACGCCCAUGCACAAGGAUUACUUGCCGGAUGUAACACAGCCGGAGAGCAAUGCCAGCGAUUAUGAACAGGAGGAGGACGACGAAGAGGACCAGCCGGAGGAUAAUGAAAACGAAUAUGAUGAAUAUCAGGAACAUUUACAUAACAAUGACUAAAAACGGAAACAGCCAAGCCCAAAAGCGAGAAAGGGCAAACACAAACACAAACGCAAACUCAGACACUGAAACAUAACCAAAGCAAAUAGAUCCUUAAACACACCCGUACACACACACACGCACACACACUUAUGCAGAUGGACAUAUACGCACUGGCGACUAGUUAAGCAUUUCCGAUUUCCGCUGCUAACUUGGCUCAGUUUCGCUCACUGUUGACACAUGCAAUUAGCGCUAACCAAUGCAGAGUGGCUGCUACCCCUAAUGGCUAACUGUAGUAGAUUCUAUUAGCAUACACACUCCUCACUCUAACACACACACUCACACAGAGCACACCUACAAUGCUGUACACGUAGCUACAUAUCGAACGUAACUGGCUUCGCUUGGUGUUGGUAUUUCUGGCUGAAACAUACACUUGGCUUUGUUUCAUUCCUUUUUUUUGUUUUGGUAACAAAAUUGGCCAUUUUUGGUAUACAUAUAUGUUUCGCCCCUAGCAGGAGAACUGGCAGACGUGGCUCAAGGACGAGCUGAACGCGCUGCA